AUGAGCAAGCAAGACCAAUCCCCUGACAGUUGUGGUGAUGAUGAAAAUUCUAAAAGCCUGCUUAAACAAAACGCACCUCAGAAAAAAGUGAAGAUUGAGACAGAAUGUGAUGAAAUUGAUUGCAUUGAUUGGAUAAGUCAGUUACCUGAUGAACUUGUUAUCAAAAUUCUUUCUCUACUGUCCGUAACAGAUGCCUUUAGGACAUGUAGUCUCUCUAAACGUUGGCAAUACCUCUGUAAUUUUAUUGACAACUUUAUUUAUGACAACGAGGAGUGCAGUUGUUCAGACAGCACGACAGUGCACAAAUUCAUUUCCUUAACGGACAAUGUAUUACCUCGCCUUAGCUGCUCUAGCGUUAAAAAGUUCAGACUAAAAUUUGCCUUCGACCAUGAUGAUGGUGUGUCUUAUAAUCCCAAAAUUGAUAAGUGGCUUGAAUUUGCUGUGCAUAACUUGCCACAAGAUCUAUGCAGCAGCUCAUCAAUUGUAAAACUUGAAUGCGAGAAUUGCAGAAUAUCAGAAGACUGUGUUCUAAAUUGGAUAUCCCUGAAAAGUUUAACACUGGGAUAUUUGUUCAUACGGGAGGAACACAUUGAGCAAAUAAUGUCAAAUUGUCCUCAAUUAGAAUCUUUGAAGCUAAAUGGCUUUUAUGGUUUCAAACGUUUGCACAUGACUUCUCCUAAAUGUAUGAGACUGGAUCACUAUCAUCCUGACGGACACUGGGGUUCAUUCGAAUAUGAUUGUUCCUUUGAAAUUAUUGCUCCAUAUGUUCAACAUUUAAGGGUUUCUGGGAAUUUUGAAGAUGCAAAAAUUAGGCUCGGGAACUUUUCAACUUUCGUACACGCCAGUCUUACUUUUAGUCGCUAUGAAUAUGAUGCAAUUGAUGAAAACAUAGUGAAAGAUCUUUUGGUAACCGUACGUUGUGCUAAUGAGCUAAUGCUCUCAUCUUGGUUUAUCAAGGAGAUUUCCGAUUUGAUGUUUGAAGAGGAAGAUGUCUUCUUUGAGUUCUUACCGUUGCUGGAGUGUAGACGGUUGACAAUAAGUUCUUAUAUUACACAAUAUUCCUUAUCCGGAUUAGACAACCUCUUAAGGUCAACUCCAUAUCCGGAAAAUUUGAUGAUAUUUCCUGAUUAUGUCCCGAAAAUUUCAUAA